CUCGAGGCGGCAGAACCCACGACUUCGUUAAUUUUCAGCAGAAUAUCUGUAUUAAAUCAUCAUGGCGAAGUGGGGAGAAGGAGACCCUCGCUGGAUCGUGGAGGAGAGAGCGGAUGCUACAAACGUCAACAACUGGCACUGGACCGAGAGGGACGCCACAAACUGGUCAUCAGAGAAGCUGAAGGAGCUGCUCAUGGGGUUGUGGGUGGAGGGUGAAGAAGGCAAGUGUGAGAUCACAGAGGUCAGCAAGGUGGAGGGAGAAGCAUCCAUCAAUAACCGCAAAGGGAAGCUUAUAUUCUUCUAUGAGUGGGAUCUGAAGGCCGACUGGAGAGGGACAUCAAAAUCAGGAAUCCAAUACAAGGGGAAUAUUGAAGUUCCAAACCUUUCGGAUGAAAAUGACAUGGACGACCUUGAUAUCAGUGUAAGUCUUUGUAAAGAUGAGCCUGAGACGGUGCUGCUUUCUCUGAUGAGGAGUGAGGGAGUCAAAAAAAUCCGUACGGCGCUAGCCAGCUACGUGGACUUCCUCAAAACAGAGUUCACACAGGGCAUGAUCCUGCCAACAGCCAAUGGUGUAACGCAACAGCAGACAGCCCAGACAACAACAAAGUCAAACAUAACCAAGAUUGGCUCAUGUAGCGCUGCUCCUCCUCCUAACACAGGGGUAAAAAUCCCCACCUGCAAGUUCUCAAUAAAAGACACCUUCCUCACCUCACCAGAAGACCUUUACAGGGUCUUUCUCAAUCAGGAGAUGGUGCAGGCUUUCACACGCAGCAGUGCUGUGGUUCAGGCUGAAAAGGGUGGAAAGUUUCGCCUUUUGGAUGGAAACGUGAACGGAGAGUUCCAGGAGCUGGUUCCUGAGCAGAAGAUAGUCAUGAAAUGGAGGUUCAACUCAUGGCCUUGUGAGCACUAUGCAGCAGUGACAUUGACUUUCACAGACAAGGGUAAUGAGACAGAGUUGAAGAUAGAGUGUCGGGCGGUUCCUGAGAAUGAAGAGGAACGAACACGAGACGGCUGGCAGAGGUACUACUGCCACGCCAUUAAACAGACAUUUGGCUACGGCGCACGACUCUGCUGAGCCCAGGACGUAGCGGCCUCCACUUUUGCCUCUUUUGUUUUUAUUUUUGUUCAUUUUGCUCCACCUACAGAACAGGGGAUCUGAAUGUGACUCUACUGAACAGCAGGCAUCACACUGCUCCAUUAUCACAUUCCUUUAUUUGGAAGAUUUUGAUGUUUACAGUAAAUAAAAAAAGAUUGAACAAUGAGAAAAGUAAGAUGAAAAGAUGAGUAGUCAUAUGAAAUAUGUUUAUGUGUGUAAUAUAGUGUUCUUAUUCCACCAUGGUAACUAUCUGACGGCACUCCUGUCCUGUUCUGUGAAAGGGUCACAGGGUUGAACGGUGCCUUUUAUGCUCCUGGUGGUUUUUAAUAAGUUAAGAGCCUUUUCUCAGAGUUGUGAAAACUUCGGAUCUUCUUGAAAAUGGUUUGGAGAAAGAAAAAUAAAGAGAUGUUUCGGACCAAUUAAUUAAUGUUUAUUUCUGAUGGAAAUAAUCAUUCAUGUACAUUUUUGUCAUCACAUCUAAUAGUAUUUUGAACAUAUGUGAUUUUUACUCAUAGCCAUUCACCAAAGCAAAUAAAAGCUGCAGGAAGCCUGUUUCUUUUGUCUCAAACAGACUGUAUUAAAAAGAAAAUCAUGUGGAAUGCACAGCUGGUCAUUUUUAGAUCACUGCUUUUCUAUUUGCUUUGUAUUACUGUACUUCAGCCUUUAUGGGGUUUGCCUGGUAUUAGCUGCUGAAAUGUUUGAAAUGCCUGAAAAGGGAAGCACAGACCAAUUUUAAGUCACUCAGUAACAGAGGAAACCGUUGUUUGUAUUGUCCCAAAAUAUGAUCCAAAAAACUUUGAGUUUUAUUUAUUUUCUUGUAUAUUUUUUGCAUCACACUUUGUCACCAGACAAAGAGCAUCAUUUACUUAAAAUAAAAGUACCUUUGAAACAUCA